CUGCCGUUUAGAGCUGCGCAAUAGUGUUACGUGAUACGCCUGCAAAGCACAUGAAUAGUUCAUACCGGAAACUCUGUGACGAUUUGUGCAGCUCCAGAGAGACUGAAAAUGGCUGCAUUUGGGAUAACCUACGCAACUCUUAUAUCUUUCCUCAUGGGACUGAUGACCUUGACACAAAUCAUCGGCCUCUCACCCCCCGAUCAGCCACCGUCAUGGCCUUCAACCUUCUCGGUAAGUUUUCACGAAGAGCAGUGGGUCUGGAUCAUUCCCCUCGCCAGAAACGCCGGCGCCUGGCACUACGACUUCAGUAACAAGCGGGCGAGAUUCGACCACUUGCAGGGACAGAUGGACAACUUUUGCCACGGUCGCGGGCUGGAGUUGAAGGACUUGAGAGGCGACUGCCAUCUUCUGUUCAACACCACGGACAUGUAUGUGCACUAUCCCCGGGAAGAGAAGUGUUGUCGUGCCUGUGGGGUAGCCGAAGGGUGCACCGUGCUGAAGCCGACUUGGAUGGCGGGGGCUACGUACCUCGGGACCGAAAACAUAAACGGAACGGUAUGCCAUGGCUGGGAGGCGGACGGGGCCGCCGCAAGGGACAGGUGGUACCAAACAGCAGACGGAACUCCAUGUCGAUACUCGGAGACGAUCAAAUUCUGGCCGCAUCCAAGUCACAACAUCACUUUCAACAUGAGGUCUUUCAGCCGCGACCCCAUCCCGACUAGUGUCUUCAACAUACCCGCAUACUGCAACACAAGAUGUCCUAUUCCCUGGCGGCCUAUUGCCUAAGAAGGGAAACACUGAGAGACUCUGAACUGUUUCAUUUCUGUCCCUUGCUCUGGUUCACAAAAAUUGUCGCAAUGUUUUUCACCUGCCCAUGUUUCGGCGUUGGGUUUGCCACUUCACAGAAAGCAAUGAUGACUUGCGCUACUUCGCACUGCAGUAAGGUGGCGCUGCAAUUGAGGGAGGGACUCAUUUUAGCUUUCACCUUUCAUUCAGUAGUCUGGAGUCAUGUGACACAUGUAAAAGGGUCAUUUAUCGUGAAGAAGAUUGUAGAAACAUUUCAAGGCUUUCCUGAUUUAAACUUUGAUCACUACAAGUGACUAUUCUUAACUUUAUUGCUUCGGGUUCUGUCUUGAGGUGAACUUAGACUUGAAAAACAUCACUGAGGUUGUUUCCCUCUCUUACUUUUCUUGACAAGUUUGACAAGUUUUAUUAAAAAUGCACAGGCAUGCAGGAUAUCCUGCUGGACAUCCUGAAUUGUUCUGAACAUUACAAAUGGUAGCUCCAUCGUGUAAUUACAAUAAAAAACAAUACUAGGGCACCAAUUCAUAUAAAACGUCACCAAUGCCAUUAAAAUAUUUGUAAGCAAUUUCUUAGAUAUCAGUUAUGUCGUUUUCUUUGUUUUCUCGUUUCCCAUUUCACGGGUCACAUCGCGAGGAUAAGGGGAAUCUAAGUAAUGUAUACUUAUGUGAGCAAACCAUAUUGUUACUAUGACAACUUAAACCGAACACAAUGCACUGCAUACACGGCAUGAUAUUUGUGCCCUCUCACCCUUACGUGUUUGUAUGUGUGUGUGUGUGAACAGGCUGAUAACUCGAGAAGUUGUGGACAGAUCUUUAUGAUAAUUGGUAGGUCUGUAGUACACGUUUCAAUAAGGAACACCAGCAUUUGACAAUACACAAAUCAUGAGUAGCUACUUUUCAGGUAAUGUG